GCCCUUCACACUGUCCUGUAGGGUACCAUCCUUCAUUUCUAUGCAUAUAAGUAUAAAGUUCUGACUCAUUGAGAAAUCAUUGAGACACCCAAAAAAAAAUAAAGAGAGAGCGAGGAAAAACCAAAGCUCACCCAUUCAUCGCUCUCUCUCUCUCUCUCUAUCUGAAGAACAUAAAAAACAGUAACUUUCUUUUUUGAAUCCGACACCCAACCCAAAAUGUAUCGCCUUUUGGCUUAAGAUCAAAUUCCUCGCGAUCCCCAUCUUGCUAAAUUCGUCUCUCUACUUGCCCAUGUCGCCUGACGUCGGAUUCCAUGCAUGCUAACGAUUCUCAACUCUUCUCGACAUUUCAUCGAACACUUUGAACACAAACAACACGACAAUGGUGGAAUCAACUCACCAAGGCUCCGACAUUGAAUGCUCCACCACCAAUCUCUCUCCUCCUUUUCCGUCACCUUCUCCGGGUGAAAAGCGUAAAAGGGUCAUCGGUAGUCCGGUAAAGCAUCCCGUGUAUCGGGGGGUGAGGAUGAGAAGCUGGGGAAAAUGGGUGUCGGAGAUUCGCGAGCCUCGGAAGAAAUCGAGGAUCUGGCUCGGGACUUUUCCGACGGCGGAGAUGGCGGCGCGUGCACACGACGUGGCGGCGAUGAGCAUCAAAGGAAGCUCCGCGAUCCUGAAUUUCCCUGAGCUCUCCGGUUCAUUUCCUCGUCCCGUUUCUCUCAGCCCGAAAGAUAUCCAAGCUGCGUCGGCCAAAGCUGCUCUCAUAGACCCCAAAACGACGCCGCUCCAUUCUCAAGCUAAAACGACGCCGUUACAGCCCAAAGAUAAAACGACGGCGUUUGACCUUAGAGACCAAACGAUGCCGUGUCAGGCUACUUCCGAGACCAGUGAAACGACGUCGUGGUCUUCAGCUUCUACUUUGACUUCUUCGUUUAGUGACGUGGACUUGUCGGAUAUUACUGUUCCGGACGAACUGGGUGAGAUAGUCGAGUUGCCGAGUCUGGGAACGAGUCUGGGCGAGUUGCGGAGCGAGUUCAUGUUGUUCGACUCGCUGGACUCGGACGGUUGGGUUUACACGUCGCCAUUGUUAAACAGCAUGGAAGAUCUUACGUAUGGCAAUGCUUCUUUGUUCGGCCCGGUCUCCGCAGAAGAAAGCUUUUCGUGGAAUUAUUAGGGAUUUUGAAGCGCAAAAAAAAGUAACUUUUUUUUUUUGGGGUUUUCAUAAAAAAAAAAAAGUUUUUUUGUCGGUUUGAUUUUCUGAUUAGUAAGAGAUAUAUAUGGAUUUGGAUCGUGUUGUAAAAUAGCUUUUUGCCUGUAUUUUUCUUGGGUGAAAAAAUCAACUGUAGUAAUAAUUAUAAGCCUUGCCCAUACUGUUGUAGUAAUAAUAA